GCCCGUAGCUGUCCUGAACAUCCGCCCCCCCCUUCCCCCUUUCCCUCCCUCUCCGCCCUCCCCCACGAUGCUAUCCUUCGCCUUCUCACACUACCGUAAGCCCGACGCUCCGAACCCACGCCCGACGCUCCGAACCCACACCCUCCGCGAGUUGCGUCACAGAGAGGUUUGUGACGGCCCCGCCCGCCUGAAGUAUCGCGCGCGGAGGCCGGGGCUGCGCGUGACGCGGCACCGGGGAGGAGAGCGAGCGCGAGCGAGCGAGAACGAGCCUGCUGGGAAAGCUUGAAGCGGAGGCAAAAUCGGGAAGCUGAGAAGUGGGUCUGGUCCGGUCCAGUCUGGUUUGCGAAAAUGUCGGUUUGACACUGUCCAGGUCUACUGGAUUUCGUGUUGUCCAUAAGCGUGCGCACAUUUCACGUAUCAAUGUGAGAAGAAGACCCUGUGGCCUGGCUGCCUGUGUGCAGGGUUGUGACUACAAUUCCUAUUACAUCUAUACCUGCUGCUUCAUCAUUUGCCUGUCAUUACAGGACUUUGAGAUAGAAUCACCACAGUCCAGUGGCAAGGCAAAAGUCAAGACGACUGACGAUGGCUCAGGAUGCGGUGGAUGACCUUGGUGUCUUCGAUAUCUAACCAAGCUCUAAGCAUUCCCCGGCGCCCGCUUCUGCAGCCUUCAUGGCCCAUUGGAACAAAUUGUUCUCAUCUGCCCAUUCCACCAAGGGAAAUCUUCACAUGCUUGGGGUAGACAUCCCUCUAAUUCACCAAAGAGACCCCUCUAUUACCCUCAACCUGGUUUAGCCUGUCUGUCAAAAUGGUUUACCGGGGUGUGGCCGCUGCGCAUGCUACAGCUUCUUGGAGCCACAGACUAUUUUGAUCAUGGAUGGUGAGGAAAUACCAGACUUUUCAAGUUUAAAAGAGGAAACUGCUUAUUGGAAGGAACUUUCCUUGAAAUAUAAACAAAGUUUUCGGGAGGCACAGGAAGAGCUGGUUGAAUUCCAAGAAGGAAGCAGAGAAUUAGAAGCAGAAUUGGAGGCUCAGCUAGUCCAGGCUGAACAAAGAAAUAGAGACUUACAAGCUGAUAACCAAAGACUGAAAUAUGAAGUAGAAGCAUUAAAGGAGAAACUAGAACAUCAGUAUGCACAGAGUUAUAAACAGGUCUCUGUUUUGGAAGAUGAUUUGAGUCAGACACGAGCCAUUAAAGAACAAUUACAUAAAUAUGUAAGAGAGCUGGAGCAGGCCAAUGAUGACUUGGAACGAGCAAAAAGGGCUACAAUAGUUUCCCUGGAAGACUUUGAACAAAGGCUGAAUCAAGCCAUUGAACGAAAUGCAUUUUUGGAAAGUGAACUUGAUGAAAAGGAAUCUUUGCUGGUUUCUGUACAGAGGCUAAAGGAUGAAGCAAGAGAUUUAAGACAAGAACUAGCAGUACGUGAAAGGCAACAAGAAGUAACCAGAAAGUCAGCUCCUAGUUCUCCAACUCUAGAUUGUGAAAAAAUGGAUUCUGCUGUACAGGCAUCCCUUUCCUUACCAGCCACUCCUGUGGGGAAAGGGACAGAAAACAGCUUUUCUUCACCAAAAGGUAUACCAAAUGGUUUUGGCACCAGCCCACUAACUCCUUCUGCAAGGAUAUCGGCAUUAAACAUUGUGGGGGAUCUUUUGCGGAAAGUAGGGGCUUUAGAAUCCAAAUUAGCUGCUUGCAGGAAUUUUGCAAAGGAUCAAGCAUCACGGAAAUCCUAUAUUUCAGGGAAUGUUAAUUGUGGCCUGGUGAAUAGUAACAGCACAAAGUUCUCUCGUUCAGGGCAUACAUCUUUCUUUGAUAAAGGGGCCUCUCACCAAAUCUUGGAACCCAUUUUCAAGGCAAGAAAAAGUCAUAUUCCCCACCUUGUUCAUGGGACAGUAAAUGGCCUUGACCAAGUUCCUCCAACUGGUCUGGGCUCCUCCAGACCAUCGUCUGCUCCAGGUAUGCUGCCUUUGAGCGUGUGAGCACCCAGUGUCCAGGUGGAGGACCCAGCCCUCCUACUGAUGAACAAGGACAUACCUACGCUUACCUGUCUGUGCCCACACCUGCAAGGCCCAGCUCAUGCCCUUAUAUCCACCUGCCUUCCCGUAGCCAGCAGAUGGCAUGCCAUGGCAAACACCAUGCCCACUGCCCUGCAGAACUCUGCUCGAUGUUAACCCUGGUUAUUUUCUCUUCUCACCAUAGUGCCCAUUGGUUUCAUAUGAUUGCACUUUUGUGGGUCACAAGCUGAUAUGUGUAUUACAUGGUUUCUCUGGAUACUGAAGUUCUUCCUCACCCCACUCGGCCCCUGUAGCCCUUCCUUGCUGUUCCAGUAGGAGUCAUUUGAGUGUAGGACCAGUGCAAAUCUUGGAAUUCUCUAAAAGAUCAUAUUGAUGUGUGAUAGCUUCUCUAUCCCUCCCCACCCCGCAACAUCUCCUGCUCCCCCCAAAAGGGUCUUUUAUAACAAAGACUUGGGGGGCCUCACUUCUGUCCCAUAUUCAUGAUAGUCAUGGACACAGGGCACGUGUUUCCUGUGCCUUGAAGUCUUUUGAGUUAGCAUUUGCAGCAUUUAGUUCUAACUAGUGCAAUGAACAGGGUCCCCUGGAAGUCCUAGGGACUGUGUUUUGGAGGACUUUGCAGCUGUGAGGUAUGUCUUUUUCUGUGCCUCAAACUUGAUGAAGGGUUGACUGCCCCCUCACCAGCUUUCCAGAUCCUUCAGCUAAAAACAUUGUCUUCAGAGCACUUUUGUUUUGUUCUCAGUGGGCCUAACCAGUUGAAUUGGGAGGAGUUGAGUGGCCCGUCUCCAAGGGGCAAAGAGAAGACUGCCCCUCAGAAGGGUAGGACUUUAUGUGUUUUUCCUGUGCAUCCUUUGAUUAUUCACAUGCUGCAUUUACUGUUUACAUUUUUUUUUUUGUAUAUAGGUUUGUAAACUUACACGCCUGAGAUAUUUGUGCAUAACUUGGGCUUUGUAGCUUUAUUUAUUCAGAAUCCAUUUGGCAUGUUUAAUGACUUAGGAUGGUGUCCUGUGGGCAGCUGUAUAAGAUCAUCAUGUGGUUUAAAAAACAAAAUGCUUCUCAUCAAAAUAAAAAAAAAUUUUUUUUUUGUGGAAACAAUGAAUUUUACAGAAAAAGAAGAUUGAAAUUGAUAUAUGGCCUGUAUGAGAGAAAGCAAAAGCUGGAAUAUAUUGACGCAAGAAGUUCAAAUAUCUGGCUCAUAAAUUAGAAAGAGGAAUUGACUUUUCCUGUGGCACGGAGCUUCCCUCAUGGUGUUAGGGCAGGUUCAGAAAGAAAAGUCUCAGAUUUUGUUUUCAAGGGCAUAUUCCUUGUUUCCUUUUUCUCUUUUCCUUCUUAUGCUGAUGAAAUGAGUAAUCCUUACUCUCAAGAUCAGAAGCAGGUGGAGGAUGACCAUGAAGCCUUGUGAGCAGAUUUUUAUCAUGUGCUUGUUAGGGGUUAGUUUAUGGGAUAUAAAGGGUGGAUCCCACCAUUUUUUCAUCAAGUGAGGUAUUAUGCAUUUUUGUCAUUCUGUAGUUUAAAGUCAUUUCAAAUUAGGCUUCUUAGAUUCCAACUCAGAAUUUUCACCUCAUCUCCCAGGCUUGCUGAUUGACACCAGGUGAGAGAAGGUUCCAGGUAUUUGAUAGCAGUGACAAGAACAGCCUCAGAAACUGGAUGCUCACAGUUUUCAUACAACAGGUUUUGAAUACUACUUUUGUUACAACAGAUGAACUCAACAUUAAAGAGCAAGCAGAAACUAAAAUGCUAUUAAAUAAGCAAUAUCAAGUGAUAUUUUACAUAUAUAAAAACAAUAAAAUAUGCAAAUAGUCUCUGCUUUUAGACAUACCACAUUCUUUUGGAGUCUGGGUUUUAAACAAGUUCUCUACAAGACAGAGUCCUGACAUCACAUGGAUAGGUAUCUUCCUCUGCAGGAAUAAGGAAAGAGGUGGUAUGCUAUUAAGGCAUCCAUGAAGCAUGAGGCCUACUCCUAUUUAUUUAAAGUUGCAAUAUUGCCAGUGGAGAAAUAUUGUCUCCCAACUUGUAAUUUUUAGGGGUUGGAUUCUAUUUUGAUACUUAUUAGGUGCUACCAUGAACAACUAGCUUAUUAGAGUUAUUGUGAAGAAAGUACAACAUCCAUAUAUGUGAAUUAUUGUUAAGCUUGGUAAUCAUGGUACAGUGGAAAGUAACUAUUUGGAUUUAGAAGACUCAGGUUCUAAAUUAAUUAUUUGACUUUGGGCAAAUCACUUUUCUGGGCCCCAGUUUCUUCAUCUGUAAAAUAGAGAGGGUCAGAUUUAGGUAAUUUCUAAGGGUCUUUCCAGGUCUAAAGCUCUGAGGUUACUUCCACCAUUAAUAAUUCAGUGAUUCCCAGUAGUCUUUUAUAAGGUUGACUGUGUUCUUUAACUUUUUAUAUGUCUAAGGCACCUUCAUUUUCCUUGAGCAAAAUUGAUAAAUAUCAGCCUAUCGUUAGAUUCUGCCCUUCUGUUCAUGUUAGCCUCUAAAAGUACCUCUAUAAAUAAUUCUAAUUUCUUUCUAAAAGGUCAUUCUGGUAACUUAAAAUAGUUACUAAACAUCUAAAAACUCAGUUCCAUUCCCUCUCAUCCUGCCAACCAACACAAUAUUAGCUAUCACAUCCAUGAACCUCUGUUCAUUUUCUGCUGCAUGUAUUGUUUUUUUUAAAUGCAGCAUUCAGUUCCAUCACCUACUUGCUGGUGUAAUGCAAAAGCAAACUGCUGUCAUGAGCACUGGGUUGGGAGUUAGAGGUUCUGGGUUUGAAUUCUAAGUCAGCCAUUUACCACCUUUACAAUCCUGGGUAGAGGGCUUUUUUCCUUAUUUGUACAAUGAGGGGAUGGGUUAGAUGAUCUUUAAAAACCUUUCUCGCUUUAAAUCUACAUGUGUGAAAUAUUACUUGUGGUCACUGCUUUGCGAAGGGGUAAACCAAAAGAAGUAGUCUUAGCUGAAAUUAUUUAUUUAAAAAUGAGUGUAUAUUUACCAUAUUUUGCCUUGGCAGCUUGGAAUUGUAUUGUAGCUUCUCCCUAGCAAACAUUUACCUCUAUAUAAAAACAGCUGCUUAUUGACACUGUGAGGGAUGCUUUCUAUGCUGUCAGUUGCCAAUUUUACAUAUCUUCCAUGACUAAAUAAGGUGCUGGUGACCAAGUAAUGAAAUUUGUAUUAAGGGCAGAGAUCAGCUGAGGCUUCAGUUAACAAUCUCUUCUAGAUGACACUAUAAGCUGAAAGUGAAGAAAAGAAAGAUUAACAGAGGGACAGAUAUAUUUUCAUUAAGUGAGUGUUCAUUUGUUAUUAAUGUAAGAUCUGUGCUUCUAAAAUGUAAAGGUAUAAAUAGUUCUUGUUCUUAUCUAGUAUGAGAGAUGAACUUGUACACAGUUAAAUAUAGUAUAGAUUAAAGUAGGAUGAGUUCCUAUGAAAUCAAUGUUAUGAGACAGAUCACUUCUCUUGGGGGAAUGGAGGAUUGGUUUUCUGAGUUAGAGCUUGAAAGAUAAUCUUCUAGAGAUGAGUACUUGGUGUUCAUAAAGGGCAGUGUAGAAGGGCUGGAACACCAGAAGAAAUGGAAUGUAUUCAGACAUGGGGAGUAUAGGUAGGUUU